GCCUCGCUGCUCGGUAGGAAGGCGAAGGAGGGGAGAAGCGGCGGGCGGAGCCCACGGUCGCGUACAAACGGCGGUCCCCGGCGGAGCUGCGGCCUGAACCCGAACCGCUCAUCACAUCAGCGGUGAAAAACCCCGAAGAAAGCUACAAACUGUGAGACGAUCGUGUGGAAUGAAAGGAUUUUUACUCUCCUGAGACUCUGUUGUGACAGUUGAAUGAUGAGAGAGCAGAACAAGUCCCAACGGUGAACCAUGGCGCUGCUCAGCUGUCCUUCUCCAGUGGUGAUUAAGGAAUCUCAUCUGGAGGGCUGGGAAGUGAUCGGAUCCGGAGGAUUCGGCCAGAUCUACAAAGCCAGGCACCAGCAGUGGUGCUGCGAUGUGGCCAUUAAACUGCUUCAUUAUGAUGAUGGGAAGAGCCAGGCUUUGCUGCGUGAGUUAGACAUGAUGCGUCUAGGAUCCAGCCCUUAUGUGCUUCACGUCCACGGGGUUUUUCAAGGUCGAUCGCCUGCUUCAAGAUCAUCAGUACAGCUGGGGUUGGUCAUGGAGCUCAUGGAGAGAGGAACGCUGGUCACCCUCCAGAAAACUUUACAAGGACGCCCACCCUGGCCACUGGCUUUCAGACUGAUUCACCAGAUUGCUCUGGGUAUAAACUUUCUCCACAGUCUCUCUCCUGCAUUGCUGCACUUGGACCUGAAGCCCAGUAACGUGCUGCUCGACUCAAAUUUGAACGCCAAGCUUACAGAUUUUGGCCUCGCCAGGUUUUCCAACAGCGUCACACGAGUUACCAGUAAGGACAGCGAAGAGGAAGGGGGAACUUUGAGCUACAUGCCACCAGAGGCGUUUGACAUCUCAUACAAUCCCACGAGGGCCUCUGAUAUCUACAGCUAUGCUAUACUGGUGUGGUCUAUUGUCACAGGGAAACAACCAUAUGCAAAUGCCAGGUCCACCAUAGUGCGGUUUCGCAUUCCGGAGGGUGACCGUCCACCCCUGGAUGAGAUCAGGCGUCAGGCUGCAGUGGUGGCAGGACUGACAAGACUCAUUCACCUCAUGGAGGAAUGCUGGGACUCAAAGCCCAAUCAGAGGCCUUCCUCCCAUAAAUGCACAACUGUGACUGAAGAACUGCACAAGAUGCACAAACACACAAUUCAUGACGCCGUCCAUGAAGUGCUAAAGAAACUGGACAAAGAUGAAGAGGAAAGAAUUGCAGAGCAGAUUACCAGGCUUUCCAUUACUGAGACUUCAGCAGUGGCCCAGAGAGUUCAAGCUGCAACUAUCUGUGACAGUGCGCUGACAGGACCCCGGCCAGUUCAGGAAAUGGCUGGUGGUGGGCCAGAAAAUCAGAAAGAUAACACAACAGUUGAAGAUCCAUCACCUGGCCACGCUACAAGCCUGUGUGAUGUUGACAUGGCCGGCCCAGGAAGAGACUGUAAAAUGCUGUGGUCCUCUGUAGAACCUAUUCAGGUGUCACCCCAAUCUCAUUUGACACAGCAAUCAACUCCCAGAAAAGCAGUAGAUCCCUCUCAGAUGAGUUUAAAGAAACAUCUGUCAACACAAUACCAGCGUCAGUUUUCCAGCCCUGAUACCUUCCCCUGCCAACCCUCAACACCUAAUACAGUCAACAUUCAUCUCUCCAAUGUGACUGGAUUUCAGUACGGAAACAACAACAAAAUGUACAUCUAUCCUGGUGGCUCCUCUGAGAGGAAGAGGCACCCAACGGCGCCAUCUACUGUUGGCUCCCCACACCGCUGAGUUGACCUAUUCAAUCUCUAGUUUCCUUAACUGUUUUUAUUCCUUUUCAAGCAAAACAGUAUGUUCUUUUGUGCUUUUUUAUAGUAAUUAUUAUUAAUUAUUUCUGUAGCAUGAAUGCAUUUAAAACAGCCUUUUUGUAGCUUUUAAUCAGCUUUUUUAUUCAGUCUGUUUUUUUUUAUGUUUGGAAGUUGUUUUACCAGCAAGCAAAAACUCCAGGCAAGCUUUUUGCACAGUCAGUGUCAUAAAUACAAGCCAAGACUGCUGUUGUUUUUUCACCAACUGUUUUCAGAAAAUAUCUACAGUCACUGUGCCAACAUCCCUUAAGAUACCAGAGCUCGCCAUCACUACCAACUGACUGUAAUUAAAAAAGGUAAAUCUCUGCUUUGAAGCUUUUCAGAAAUGCAUUUUUAAAAAAGGUGAAGAAAACAGAGUUUUUCACUUUUUGAUGGGUCAUUAAUCCUACAGUAACAAUGUUGUUUAGUUAAUAUUCUACUCAUGCAACAAAAAUGUCUAAAAGAUUGUCCAUAUAAAUGUAAUUCAAACAUACAAAUGUUACUUUUUGGUAUAGGUUGAAUUAUUUUUGCUUUAUUGUAUGCAGGUGUCUUUGGGAACUGCAGGGCACGGUUCCUAUACUAAUUUUAAUGAAACAGUAAAAACAAUUUUUUGGGAUUUUUGAAUAAUGUGUAUUACGUGGCAUGUUAGAUUUAAAUAUUUUUCUCAACAGAAGAGUGCUGUAGCUUCAGUGAAGUGUUGCAGCAAGUGUAUGUAAAAUAUUUUUAUAGUAUUGUUUGUGAAAAGAAAAUGUUCUCUCCUAAAGUUUUGGGACCAUUUUUAGCUGGAUGGAUUUAGUGUGAGUGGGUUGUUGAAUAGUGAACUCGUACUGCGUUUCUUUUUAAAUUUCUAAAUCCAAAGAGACACCGCAUGACCUUUGGAAUUCCAACUUGCAAUUUUAGAGGUGUGUCACAAACCACUGCCUCACAAUCCAUGAUGGCAGCUGUAUAAAGUAGGUGUGAUAAAAGGUGUGUUAAACAGUUUUUACACUUCUGUGCUACAUCAUUUAGUAGCAAUUCCUGGAGCUGGCACCAUAAGCCUUUUAUUCUGUCGGUACAAGUGAACAACUGAAUACAGUCUAUGCGUUAGUUUAAAAGUAAAUCGGUUUACUGGGAUUUAGAAAAUGUAAUAAAUGUUUGUGUUUAGAUCUUGUCACUUUUGUAUUUACUUAAUGAUGCUUUUUAAAAUGUUGUGAUCCAGCUGGAAAUGAUCACAUAAUUUGUAUUUUGUAGAGCAAAAUGAAGGAUCUCCUGUCCUCGAUACUUACAUUUUUGCAUACAUAGUCAUAUGCAAUAAAUUAGAUUAAAAAGUG